UAUUAAUCAAAUUUUAAGGAGAAAAAAAUGUCUCAAUCAAUAGAAGAAAAAUCUGUUCAAGAACGUACAAGAAUUAAAAAUUCUAGAUAUGAGUCAGGAGUAAUACCAUAUGCCAAAAUGGGAUAUUGGAAUCCAGAUUAUAAAGUAAAAGAUACAGAUGUACUAGCAUUAUUUAGAGUUACCCCUCAACCUGGAGUAGAUCCAAUAGAAGCAGCUGCAGCUGUGGCUGGCGAAUCGUCAACUGCUACAUGGACAGUAGUUUGGACAGAUUUAUUAACAGCAGCAGAUUUAUAUAGAGCAAAAGCUUAUAAAGUAGAUCAAGUACCUAAUAAUCCAGAACAAUAUUUUGCAUAUAUUGCAUAUGAGCUAGACUUAUUUGAAGAAGGAUCAAUUGCAAAUUUAACUGCCUCAAUAAUUGGUAAUGUAUUUGGAUUUAAAGCAGUUAAGGCUCUAAGACUUGAGGACAUGAGAUUACCAUUAGCAUAUCUUAAAACUUUCCAAGGACCCGCAACUGGAGUUAUUCUAGAAAGAGAAAGACUUGAUAAAUUUGGUAGACCUUUACUUGGUUGUACAACAAAACCAAAACUUGGAUUAUCAGGUAAAAACUAUGGUAGAGUAGUUUAUGAAGCUUUAAAGGGUGGGCUAGAUUUUGUCAAAGAUGAUGAAAAUAUUAACUCUCAGCCUUUUAUGCGUUGGAGAGAAAGAUACUUAUUUACAAUGGAAGCUGUUAAUAAAGCAUCCUCACAAACAGGAGAAGUCAAAGGACAUUAUUUAAAUGUAACAGCUGCAACAAUGGAAGAAAUGUAUGCACGUGCUAAUUUCGCAAAAGAAUUAGGUAGUGUAAUUAUAAUGAUUGACCUUGUUAUAGGCUAUACUGCUAUUCAAACUAUGGCAAAAUGGGCAAGAGAUAAUGAUAUGAUCUUACAUCUUCAUAGAGCAGGUAAUUCUACCUAUUCAAGACAAAAAAAUCAUGGUAUGAAUUUUAGAGUAAUUUGUAAAUGGAUGAGAAUGGCAGGAGUAGACCAUAUUCAUGCUGGAACUGUUGUUGGAAAACUAGAGGGAGAUCCUAUUAUUACAAGAGGAUUUUAUAAAACUCUUCUUUUACCUAAACUAGAGCGUAAUUUACAAGAAGGUUUAUUUUUCGAUAUGGAAUGGGCAUCACUCAGAAAAGUAAUGCCAGUAGCUUCUGGUGGUAUUCAUGCAGGACAAAUGCAUCAAUUAAUUCAUUAUUUAGGUGAAGAUGUAGUGUUACAAUUUGGUGGAGGAACAAUCGGACAUCCAGAUGGAAUACAAGCUGGUGCUACAGCAAAUCGUGUUGCUUUAGAGGCAAUGAUAUUAGCAAGAAAUGAAAACCGUGAUUAUCUGACAGAAGGUCCUGAGAUAUUAAGAGAAGCAGCUAAAAGUUGUGGUCCAUUAAGAACAGCAUUAGAUUUAUGGAAGGAUAUUACAUUCAAUUAUACAUCAACUGAUACUUCAGAUUUUGUAGAAACACCAACUGCAAAUAUUUAAAUUAAAAUAAUAUUUUUAUCUUUUUCUUUUGUAUAACCAAAGGAGUAUAAAACAGUGAAAAUAACU